GAGCUGGGCUCGGCGCGUGAUAGCGCACGCUCUCCUCCGCUGCCGCUCUCAUUCCACUCGUGCGCUACUCGCGAGAAGACAACGUGCGGUCGUUUAGCCGUGUGCCGAUCUUCAAUUCGCUCUCGGGACAGCGUCUCUUGAAUUGUACCUCCGAUCGUACCGCCGAGAAGACCCGCAAGGAAUCGAAGAUGCAUAGACUACCUUCCAUGUGGAGAGGAGCGGCUCUGCUCCAGUUGCAGGCGCGUACUUACGCCAAAGAUGUGCGCUUCGGGGCGGAUGUUCGCGCCUUAAUGCUGCAGGGUGUAGACAUAUUGGCGGACGCCGUCGCCGUGACGAUGGGCCCUAAAGGGCGUAACGUUAUCUUGGAGCAGAGCUGGGGUAGCCCGAAGAUCACAAAGGACGGUGUGACUGUAGCGAAAGGAAUCGAACUGAAGGACAAGUUCCAAAAUAUCGGAGCCAAGUUGGUACAGGAUGUAGCCAACAACACCAAUGAGGAAGCUGGGGACGGUACCACCACUGCGACCAUAUUGGCCAGAGCGAUAGCCAAGGAAGGGUUUGAGAAGAUCAGCAAAGGUGCAAACCCUGUAGAGAUCAGGCGUGGUGUGAUGCUGGCGGUGGAGAAGAUCAAGGACGAGCUGAGAACGCUGAGCAAACCGGUGACGACGCCCGAGGAGAUCGCACAAGUGGCGACGAUAUCGGCUAACGGCGACAACGCUGUCGGCAACUUGAUCUCCGACGCCAUGAAGAAGGUCGGGAAGGAAGGUGUCAUCACGGUGAAGGACGGCAAAACGCUGAACGACGAGCUGGAGGUGAUCGAGGGCAUGAAGUUCGACCGGGGCUACAUCUCCCCGUACUUCAUCAACUCCAGCAAAGGCGCCAAGGUCGAGUUCCAGGACGCGCUGCUCCUCUUCAGCGAGAAGAAGAUCUCGUCCGUGCAGAGCAUUAUACCGGCCUUGGAGCUGGCGAACGCCCAGCGCAAACCCCUCGUCAUAAUCGCCGAGGACGUGGACGGCGAGGCCCUGUCCACCCUCGUGGUCAAUCGUCUGAAGAUCGGGCUGCAGGUGGCCGCGGUCAAGGCGCCUGGCUUCGGCGACAACAGGAAAGCCACCCUCCAGGACAUGGCGAUAUCCACCGGCGGCAUCGUUUUCGGCGACGACGCCAAUCUCAUCAAACUGGAAGACGUCCAGCUGAGCGACUUGGGCCAAGUGGGGGAGGUCGCCAUCACGAAGGACGACACCCUCUUCUUGAAGGGCAAGGGAAAGAAGACGGACAUCGACAAGAGGGCCGAUCAGAUCAGGGAUCAGAUCGAGGAAACGACGUCCGAUUACGAGAAGGAGAAGCUGCAGGAACGCCUGGCGAGGUUAGCGUCCGGCGUGGCGGUCCUCAGGGUCGGCGGCAGCAGCGAGGUGGAAGUGAACGAGAAGAAGGACCGCGUGCACGACGCGCUCAACGCCACCCGCGCCGCCGUCGAGGAAGGCAUCGUACCCGGAGGUGGCACCGCUCUCUUGAGAUGCAUGCCGGCGCUCCGGCAACUGAAGCCGGCGAACUCCGAUCAGGAGACUGGGAUCAAGAUCGUGGCGAACGCGUUGCGCGUGCCGUGCCUGCAGAUCGCGCAGAACGCCGGCGUCGACGCCAGCAUCGUCGUGGCUAAAGUCACCGAAGGCAAGCUCGGCUACGAUGCGCUCAGGGACGAAUACGUCGACAUGAUCGAGAAGGGUAUCAUCGAUCCCACGAAGGUCGUGCGCACCGCGCUUGUCGACGCCGCGGGCGUCGCCUCGUUGCUCACCACUGCGGAGGCGGUGGUCACGGAGAUGCCGAAGGAGGAAACGCAGCCGCCGAUGGGCGGUAUGGGCGGUAUGGGCGGCAUGGGCGGUAUGGGCGGUAUGGGCAUGUAAAAGGAUAAAAAGCGGGAAGAUACACGACGCCGCCCGGAGCAGCGCAAAGACUGAGAAAAGGAGAGUUUACCGCGAUUAAUACACCGACGAUGCUUACACACGUGCGCGACGUCGUUGCGAGAAAGCGAGGGAAAAGGAGGGGAAAAGAAAGAAAGACACAAAACGCACCGGACAAUAGCGUUUCGUUUAGAACGGAGCUCACGCGGACGUGGUUUGUAGUACAUUACAAACGUUACAAACAGAUGAUGAGAGACACAUGCAGCAUGAUGAUCCAGUCGUUACACGAGACGUCGUUCUCGUGUCUGUUCUGUUCUUCGGAUUCGCAGCAUUUUAUAUACGUCACACAGCCGAUUCAUGUUUUUUUUUCUUUCUUUUCUUUUUUUUUAUUUUUAUUUGGAAACCCAAACGUAUGUAGUGCGUACAGACCGGUAUAUCUCGAAUAGGAGAUGCAUUUAAUGUAAGGACGCAUCGCUGCGUAGGAAAAUGAACUUGUUGAUAUGUUUAUACAGAUGGAGUUACAGUAUGUGUGUAAUUAACCAAUUACAGUAACGAUUUCUAAAUAAACUUCAGUUAUUUUA